AGGUGGGAUGCUCAGGUUUGUUUGCUUAGAAGCCAUCAUCGCCACCCCUCUUCCUUUAAAAUGGUCCAAGGGUGGGUGAAUAUCCUUCAGAAUUUGGUCCUUGGACUGCGCCACUCCAGACCAGCCGCCCAGGAAGGGACAAGCAGAGAGGUGAGUCUUGUCACCCCCAAAAUCCCCUCCUUCCUCACUUGACAUCCUUGCGUUUCUUGUUAAGGCACUGGUAGUGAAAACAGGUAAGCAAUGAGCUCCUUGCUUGCGAGGAGUAAGAACAGUGGGAGGGAGAUCUCUGUUCUGGAGAUUUUUCUUACAAACCGCAACCCAGCUAACUUUGCUUUCCGUAUGACUUGGAAACUACUGAACCUGGCUGCCGUGCUGCGGCAAUAUUUGAUGUUGUCAAAGCAGAUGAGAUAGUUUGGGUCUUAUAAGCAACUUAGCAUUGCCUGUUUUUUGAAUUUUGAAUGAUCACAAGCUCGAAGCCCAAAAAAUACACACACACUGGACCCAUCAUUUCUGGAAAUGCCAGGCCCUUCGCUGGGAUGAAUGUUGCUGACACUUUCUUUUCCCAGGAGAAGCAGAAGAUGGGGCAAGUGGUCUACCUUGGACUCUGCCUGUUGGGCUGCCUGAUCCUGAACCCUUUGGCAGAAGGUGAGCAUUAGGAGAAGGGGCAGAUCCAGCUGCUGCAGCUGUUGGUUUUGGAACUUUGCUGUGCGGUGCAACGGGUUGGUGCUUCUGGCUCUUAAGCAGGAGGUUGGGGGUUCGAGCCCAACUGUGGGCAGGAUCCUGCAGCGCAGGGAGUAGGGGGGGUCUCUUCCAACUCUACAAUUCUGUGGUUCUGUUUCUAAUCAGUUCAUUAGAUCUGUGUAGGUUUCCCUUUGUAAAGCUGGCAGCUUUUUCCUGGCCUUGCUGCUCUUGGUAGUGGCUCCCUAUCUGUGGAAUUUCCUCCCAGAGGGGGGAUUUAUUGGUCCCCGCUGUGGAAAUAAAAAACGUUCUUGCUUUAUGCUUUUAGACUUUGCUGCAUGUUUAUUUUAAAGAGGCAGUUCUACAGCACUUCUAUGUAUUGUAAAUUAGUAGAAGGUAUGAGUUACCACUUUUGCUUGGAUGAAUAAAUAAAGAGAGUGAUUGUUCCUAACUGGGAAAAGCACUGAGUCUCUUCCAAUUAGCUGUCUGUCUGGAGCUGCUCUCCGCCCCUUUUUAAAAUGAUGGAAGAGCAGCACUCAAAGGCUUGGGGGGGCGCGCUGGACCAGCCUCCCAUUCUCCUGAAAUCUCUCCCCUUCUGGCAUAAGUUUUGGGUCUUUGCUUUCGUCUUGUGUAUGUUUGUUAAAUCACCAGUGCGCUUCUUCCAUCACCAUCACUAAGUAAAUCAUUCCCUCCCCUUCUUUCCAUUAAUCCAGAAAGAGUGCUGUUUUGCAAUAAUAGAAAUCUUUCAGCUUGAUAUAACCAUUUUACACUUAGGUGUAUAUGUCUGUGUUGUUGUUUUUUUUAAAAAAAUAUGUUUACUUUUUGAAAAAUUGAAAAGAAUAUAUAGAUAAAAAAGUAUAACAAUUUUAUUUGAAAGCACCAGCGGCGUCUUAUCUUGUCACACUAGCUGGAUGGCUGUCACUAUUGCACUGGACAUUGCACUGGACAUUGGCUCCCAGUACGUUUCUGAGCACAAUUCAAAGUGUUGGUGCUGACCUUUAAAGCCCUAAGCGGCCUUGGUCCAGUAUACCUGAAGGAGCGUCUCCACCCCCAUUGCCAGAAGGAACCUCCCGAUUCCUAACGCCAGGGCUUCCUUGAGGGGCUCCAUCUGUCAAGGAAAGGGUUGGUGGUCUGGGGGAUCUAUUCCAGUCUCAAUCCAAUUCCUCACAGGUGCCGCCAAUCGCACCCAGAGCGCUCGCACUCCCUGCCCUGCAGGAGCCGUCUUCUACAGAAAGUACUGCUACGAGUAUUCUAGCUCCAGCCGGUCGUGGGAUGAUGCCGAGGUAAGUUUCACCAGGGGGAAUGAGAAGAAAUAAGAAAGUUACUAGGAACUUCACAUAGCAAAAGACCAGAAAUAUACCUUUUGGGAAUAUUGAAUAGUGAUAUUUCUAGAGAAAAUACUAAAUUCUUUCUGUGGCGAGAAUCCUGGUAGCUAAGUACUGGAAGAGUAACCAGGUACUGACCAAAGAGGAAUGGUUAUUUAAAUUAUGUGAAUAUUUGGAACUGGCCAAAUUGACGGACGUAACAAGACUAAAGCCAGUGAUUACAGUCAAGAAGGAAUGGAAGCGCUUGAAUGAUUAUUUAGAAAGACAAUGUUCUAAGGUAAAAAUUUGGCUGUGUCUAGAAUGACCUUGUGAAUGGGAAAGGGGAAACAUACAUAUAUACAUGGGAUGCGGGUGGCACUGUGGUCUAAACCACUGAGCCUCUUGGGCUUGCCGAUCAGGUUGGCAGUUCGGAUCCCUGCGACGGGGUGAGCUCCCGUUGCUCGGUCCCUGCUCCUGCCAACCUAGCAGUUCAAAAGCAUAUCAAGUGCAAGCAGAUAAAUAGGUACCGCUCUGGCGGGAAGGUAAAGGCGUUUCCGUGGGCUGCUCUGGUUCGCCAGAAGCCGCUUAGUCAUGCUGGCCACAUGACACAGAAGCUGUACGCCAGCUCCCUCGGCCUAUAGAGUGAGAUGAGCGCCGCAACCCCAGAGUCGGCCACGACUGGACCUAAUGGUCAGGAGUCCCUUUACCUUUACCUAUAUACAUAUCUAUAUAUUAAGAUGAAAAUAAUACUGAAAUACAGAUAAAAUAUGAAAUGUGAAAGGAAGUGUUGUGAGAGUGAUGGAAGCCUAUUACUACUAUUAUUUUGUAAAAUAGUGUUUAUUGUACUGAAAUUUUAUGCUUUGCUUUAUUCUUUUACUGUCUACUGUUCUUUGCAUCCCCCCCCCUUUAUUAUUUUUUCCCCUUUAUAUUAUUCUUUAUGCAUGCUUUGGUACUGAUGUAUUUACUUUGCAAUAAUAAUAAAAAAUAGUUGUAAAAAAAAAAUUCCUUGUUGGGAAUCCUGGCUGUGGGCAGCAUCUCACUGGUUUCCCCCUUUCUUCUCUCUGCAGGUCAGCUGCCAGAGGAGACAUGGGUCCCAGCUGGCCUCCAUUCUUUCUGCAAGGGAAGCAAAUGUGGUUUACAGUUACCUGCGACAAUAUGGCUCCAGCAACGUCUGGAUUGGCCUGGCAGCUGACCGUGGUAGCCACCACGUGGUAGGUGCCUUUAGGACUCUCUGAAGAUGCUGACUGUACGAGCCGCUCAGCUCCCUUGAGCUCCUUCAUCUGUAGCUCACCGGCUCUCACUUCCCUCUGAAACCACUUCCUUCCCCAAACGUCAAACCUUGAAGUCCUCAUUUGGAGAUGGGAUUAUUUCUCGGAGUGGCUCUGUGGAAGGUUCUGGAACUCCAGCUCCAGAUCCUCGUUGUCUUUCCUCCUUGCCAACUCUCAUUGCGCUAUCUAUAAAGUCACAGAUUCUGUGACAUCUCCCCAACACCGUACAAAUUGUCAGUCCCCUUUCACCUUUAUGGCUCCGGCAAAAAUAAAUUAACACUGAAAUCCUAUACAUGUCCUGAGUAAAGCCCAGUUGAGUUCAGUGUUACUUACUCCCGGGUAAGUAUACAUGGGAUUGCAGGUUCUGAUCAUGAAAAUAAAAAUAUAUGUAAAUUCAGAUGAGUGGAAGGAGUGUUAGAUGAGACCUUUUCUAUCAUCUUUGUGGUCUUUUCUAUCAAUGUGGGACAAUAGAACUCUACUAUAAUUCACACUGCAAUUUAUAGCUUGUUCCAUUUAAUACAUUUGCAUCUUCUAUGAUGCACACAUUGAAGUAUGCCCAGUAUCCCAAUCAGGUACUGACCAGACCCAGAUCCUUUUAGCAGCAGCAAUGUGGGUCUUAUUAGCACACCCUUAGUGGGUCAAAAGGUGUAAUUAUGCUGACUUGUAGUUCAUAGCCAUAUGAUGAGAGCUGGUGUGGUGUAGGGACUACACCACAAAUCUUUGUGGAUAUUCAAAUCUUCCCGACUAUAAAGCUAACUAGUUGGCCUUGGACAAGUCACUUAUCUUCCAGCCUACCUAACCAAGCGCUUGUCAAGCUAAAAUGCUGCUCUGAUCUCCUGCAGUGGAGGCCAAGACAGAAAUAACAACAUUUCUUAGGGGAAGUGUGGUGGUUCAACAAUAUGUUCUAAAGGAUGCAGCAACCUUCCUGAAGCUAGGAUGGGAACCCCUUGGCCUUGUCAGUUGCGCUGAUUCCCCAGCUGUGUCCCCUCUGGGGAUGUGGGGAGCAAUGGGCUUGCAUUCCCCUUUUAUCACAAGACCUUCCUUUCUCCUUCUCUCUCUCCAGAAUAUGAUCUGGGAAUGGAGCGAUGGAUCUGUCUUCUCUCAACCCCUCUGGGAUGGCCGUAGCAUCAGCAACUCAAUCUCUUCAUACGAAUGUGUCUCCAUUUCUUAUUCAGGUAUGCAGGAAGAGAGACUGGGGAAGGAGGAGGAAACCCCAUUCCAUUCAAGGAAUUGAGGGAAACUAAAACAAAUCCGCCCUCAGACACUCUGGAUGUUGCAAUGCAGUUCUCCAACCAAGUGUGUGCAAAAACACAUAUACCGUACUUGGGUAAAGGACCCCUGACAGUUAAGUCCAGUCACAAACGACUCUGGGGUUGCGGCGCUCAUCUCGCUCUAUAAACCGAGGGAGCUGGCGAUUGUCCGCAGACAGCUUCCAGGUCAUGUGGCCAGCAUGACUAAGCUGCUUCUGGCGAACCAGAGCAGUGCACGGAAACGGCGUUUACCUUCCUGCCGGAGUGGUACCUAUUGAUCUACUUGCACUUCAUGUGCUUUCGAACUGCUAGGCUGGCAGGAGAUGGGACCGAGCAACGGGAGCUCACCCCAUCGUGGGUAUUCGAACCGCCGACCUUCCAAUCGGCAAGCCCAAGGCUCAGUGUUUUUAGACACAGUGUGCUUUAAAAUUCUAACAUCUGCAAAAGUAACAUCCAAAGGUCCGUUGUAUAUGGGAAAAUUGGUUGAUAGCAAAGGUAAAGGGACCCCUGACCAUUAGGUCCAGUCGCAGACAACUCUGGAGUUGCGGCGCUCAUCCCGCUUUACUGGCCGAGGGAGCCGGUGUACAGCUUCCAGGUCAUGUGUUCUUAAAAUGCGGAUGAAUGUUCAGGAGCUAAAUAAUCAAACCCACCAAGAAUCACAAACUGAUGUGGAAAUAUAGAGAACUCAAGAAUGGGGAAAUGGGAAACUGACAAAAAAUGAAAAGGACAGACUUACUUAUUCCUGUGCAGAAAGGGCUUGGCAAGGAAACUGAGGACGGGGAGAGAUGGGGCUCCAGAGAGAGAACCCCACUAUUUUCCUCUUUAUACUUGGCACUUCUUAUCACCUGGGCUGCAUUUUUGUUUUUGAACUGUUACCUCUACUGGGGUCAGUGGGCAAAGUCUAGAGUGGUUCUUUGUCCCAGAGUAGGGCACAGGGAACUCUGCCCCAUGGAAAAAGUUGGAACUUAAUUUAAAUGCAGAAUUCAGCAUUUUGAUAGGCGGCUUCAGUGAAGUUUCAUUCAUGCAAGCAUGGGGAAUGCUAGAAAACAUCUCAAACGUCACAAAGAUCUCACAAACCAAGGGUUCUGUAUGACACACACAGACACACACACCCUACCGGCAAAAGUAGAAUGGCUUGUUCAAAAUACUUCUGCUUACGUAUUUAUCAAAUCUCUUUGCUGCUUUUCCUUGUAAUUGUCUCCCUCUCCAAAACAGGGAAGGAAAUACUUGAUUUACUCAAAAGGAAGUCUACAUUCUCUCUCAAUUUCUAGACACUCCCUAACAAUCUCUCUCAACCUUCUGCCCUGCAGGUUCCCAGAAAUGGAUCCAGCGUUCCUGUACAACUACCUUGCCAUACCUUUGCAAAUACAAGGCCACCUAUUAGGCCUGAAACCCUGGACCUGAGAGGAACACCCAAAGACCUCCAGCUUCCUGACAGGUCCAAGGCCAGCCCCCUUUCCCACCUGCUCUGUCCACCUGCAGGAAAUCUAUUCCCUCCCCUCCUCUAUUGGCCUGGAGCAGAAAAAACAAGAGGGGUUUCCCCAAAUAAAUCCAGUUUGGACUCUUGAGUUCACUAAGACCUAGCCAAAUCCGAAGCCUGAGGCUGUGAGCAACAGUACAUCUCUCCAAAGUGGGAAAUUUGCCCCAUGAGAUAUGAAACCUGUCUCACUUUUCUGCAAAGAGAUGCUUUUGUGGACUGGUUAGCUGAGUAAAUGAGGCUUUCCUUGUGCUUUGCAAAGUGAUGGGGCCAACUUUGGAACCCCCUUUCCCAGACCACAUCAUAGAAAUGCUAACCUUUGCAAGCUGUCUGCUCUCCCUCUCUCUGGCCAGCUCCCGUCUUCCUCCGUAGUGACAAUAAACCUCCUUCUGUGCAUGCAA